UUGUUGUUGUCUCUCUUGUUCAUUUUCUCAACCGUAACGGUUUCCUCAUGAAGGCGAUAAAUCCAAUGCCAAAGCUAAUUAUGUAUUCCACAUGAAGAAGAAAACUCCAGGACUAAAAAAGUUGAGAAGGCCUGCCAGGGGUCUUGAUAUACCUAAGAGGCCUACAAGUGCUUACUUCAUUUUCAUGGAGGAGUUCAGAAAGCAGUUCCGUGAGCUGAAUCCGAGCAUCAAAUCUAUUGCUGUUGUUGGGAAAGCUGGUGGAAGCAAGUGGAAGCAGAUGUCAGAUGCUGAGAAAGCUCCUUAUAUAGCGGAGGAAGAGAAAAGGAAGUUAGAAUAUGCAAAGAGAAUGAAUGCGUAUAACAGGCGAGUGGCUGUUGUAGAUGCCGAACAAGAGGAAUCUGACGAGUCAAGGUCCUGAGUUUGAUGACGAAGAGGAAGAGAAGGAUGACAACUUGUAUACUUUGUUCUCUUCCCGUUAGAUACUCACACUUUCUCAGUUCUGUUUUUUGGGGGUUUUGCAAGGAAGAAAAAGAUGAAAUUAGAGCAGUUGCUAUUGUCUACUUUGUUAAUGUUGAUAUGCUCUCUAUUGAAGCUGGGGUAGCUUUCUGUUCCACUUGUUUCUAUGGAAGUGUUGUCUCUUACACUUCGAUUAUCUUAUUAUUUUGUCGUAGUUAUGUUUCUUUUUUCUGAAUGCUUUGACAUGCGUUCUGUAGUAUUUUGUCAUGACUUCUUCAGUCGUGUUAUUUCUAUGAGAAAUAGGGGUAAGGUAUGCGUACA